GUUCCAAAUAAUCUACAAUUCACAAUGUCUACUGCUGCUGGCGAACAGAAGGCCUCGCGCUACUACCCUGCGGAGGAGGAGUCGCAGAUGAAGAAGGCGCGCAAGACCGCCCACCCCACCAAAUACCGCGACUCCCUCAAGCCCGGCACAAUCCUGAUCCUCCUCUCCGGUCGCUUCUCCGGCAAGCGUGUCGUCCUCCUGCGCCAGCUUUCGCAAGGCGUCCUCCUCAUCACCGGCCCCUUCAAGUCUAACGGCGUCCCCCUGCGCCGCGUGAACCACCGCUACGUAAUCGCAACCGGCGCCUCCGUUGAUGUUUCGAACCUCGACACCGAAGUCCUGGACCGUGUGAGCAAGGACGAGUACUGGGCGCGCGAGAAGAAGGAGGGCAAGGGCGAGGACGCUUUCUUCGAGCAGGGCGAGACCACACCCCAGAAGAAGGACACCGAUCCCCAGCGCAUUGAAGACCAGAAGAAGGUUGACAAGGCGCUGAUUGCGACGAUCAAGCAGCAGCCGGAUCUUGAGGCGUACUUGGGUGCCAGCUUCAGCUUGAGGAGUGGCCAGCACCCGCACGAGAUGGUCUUUUAGGCGUACGAAGAGAUGGGAAGAGGAGGAAGAACCAGCGACAAGAUCGAUGAUGGUAUUCGAGAUGCGGGCACGGGAGACGCGACACGAUUAUUAACAGCGGACGGACGCCCUACUUGAAGAGGCGAUGCUGUAGCAUCAUAUACGAUUCAUUACCUAGAUGAUACCCACGAGCAAAAAAUAAGUACAAUCGAAG